AUUCAUAAAACAUAUAUAUCACACCAACUGCGAUAAUACGCAACGUAAAAAUAAAAGAUCGAGAAUCACACGUCUCCGACUCAGCUGAUUUAUUCGAGGAUGAAGGAAAGAAAAGGAGAAGGGAAACAGCAGCGGGGACAACAGGUACAGAAAGUGCAACUGGAAAGAACGAACCGCCAGGCCAGUCAUGCCGCAUGCGCGCGCGGCCGUCCAAUGACAUGUAACAUUAUCGGUGGGUAUCGCGCGAUCAGUUGCCAGCGACAGCGACUGGUAAUAACGUGGCGUGAGUCGUUCCAGAUCGCUCGCAUGUAACGUGUACGAGCGUCCAGAUCGAACGUCGCGCCGCGCGAGCGUAUCAACGAGAAAGAAGCAAAAAAGCAAAAGAAAAACAGAACAGCCAUCGACGAGACAUGUAACCGAACUCGCGCAGCUCCGUUUUGUUCGUCUUGAUGCAACGGUGCGUCGCGACAAUUUCACGAUAAACCUGUGUGAUGAUUGUCACGGUGACAGCCAGCGAGUCGAAGUCGAAGCCGCGAUUUCUCAUCAGCAAGAUCCUGAUUUAUUGACGAAGGCGAGAGACGUCCGAAAAUGACGGAGAGCUUGAUAAACGAGUGGCUGGCGGACUGCAAGGAUGUCUCGCAGUCGGAACUGCACACGUUCGCCAACACGCUCUCGCAGGAUAACGAGAUCGUGCGAGCACUCUAUGUGCUUCUGGAAGAGCGCACUAAAUAUAGCGAGUUGAUGGAUACAGUAUGUAAUCAAUUAUAUAAUUUCUACCGAUCUCGGGAAAUAGAGUUACAAAGGUUCACUCUGCAAUUUCUACCUACAUUGAUAUAUAUUUAUCUCAAUUCUGCCGCACAUGGUGAUAUUAAGAGUUGUCGUUCCCUUGAAACUUUAUUGAUUGGAUUAUACAAUUUAGAAGUAGUGGAUAAAUCAGGGCAACAAAAAGCAAUCUCAUUCAGAUUACCAUCUCUUGCUAUGUUAUCCAUAUUUCAUCAGAUGCCUUUCUCUCAGCAAACUGCUGUAAACAGCAGUCUGCCUGAAACUCUAGCGCCAGCGUCAUUAACAGUAAGUGCGGUACGUCGUUUUGAAGAAUGCAACUCAAAACUUGUGAGCUGGGGUCCAUUGCAACAAGUUGAGACAUUGAAUGCACAAAAUCGAUUAAAAGUCAUGACAGCUUUACUUUUCAUCUACAAUCAGCAACUCGGUUAUAUAAAUAAAUUUGCCAUGGAACAAUUGUGUAAAGUUGCAACAAAGCUUGUCACUCAAGGAUUUAUGAAGCCAGGACAUCAUCAACGUUCUUCGUAUGGCAGUGAAUCUAGCUUUGUUCCAAGGCUUUUACCACGCAUACCAGUAUCUAGCCAGUUUCUAUUGGAAUUCUCACAUGCUGUAUAUUUUGCCAUGUACAACGAAUGUUGGUAUGUGGCAAAUCAAGCCAUAGAAGAUAUUCAUAAUAGAGCAUGUUAUGAAGCAUAUCCGAGUGUAAUGUUAGUUACUAAUGCUAUACGCAAUUCUGCCAGUUCUGGAGCACCAGGUCAAGCGAAUGAUGGACCAAUUGGAAUUAGCGUUGCAUUGUCUCCAGCAACCACUACACCAACUGUUUCAAAGUCUAUGAUCACAAAUGCUUCUUUCCGUACUAAGAAAUUACCAGACGAUCUGGAUGAGAAGUUAUUUGCGGUCGAAUUGAGCAAUUGUCAAGUCGAGAAGCAACAGCAACCGACAGUGUCCGGGAGCAGCAAACGUCGGCCGUGGCAUUGGAAGCACACGCUUCCAAGUUCCGUUGACAUUAAGAAGGACAUGGGCGUAGGAAAGGCGCAAUCUUCCUCUUCAUUGGAAGGCUCCAGACGUGGCAGUGUAUGCAGCAGCCACAGCUCGCCGAUAAAGUCCUCUCCUAAAAAGAGCAAAGAUCAACAGUCAAAGAAAGCGACUCACGAGAAUAAGGACGACGCGAGUCAGAAAGCUAGAAAAGAUAGUAACGUAAAGUGUGAUUCUACCUUUGCCGACGAUAGAUUGGCCACUAACGCGCAUCUGUAUAGCGUAUUAGAGGAGCAGGCGUUGGGAGAGAUCAUUCGAGAGUCGGUGGAAAAUUUGUAUACGGAAGGCAAUAGAUCGAUCAAUUAUUGCGCUACUGCCGCACUGUCAUCAAACAUAUGGUAUUGUCACUUCAGUUACAACACUGUAGGAUGGCGUAAAUCUCAUCACGCUACAAUUCUUCAUCAAACUUUACAAUUAUGUUUUCACUUGGUGUACACUAGCACACACAAAAUCAGCUGAUAUAUACAUAUAUAUGAUACCAUAUAUAAGUGAUUCAUGUGAUCGUGGAUGUAUUCCUUUCAGAAACACCAAUCCCAGCUAUAACCAGACAUUCGCAUAAAAAACAGAGUCUAAACAGAAACGUGCAUGACCGGGAAAAUAUGCAUGUCGACACGGCACAUUUAUCCACCCGCACCGAAAAGUUUCAAGUACAUUGCUUGACUAGAAAAUGUAUUUGAUAUUUCUUUCCUACUCUAAUUGUACCUACUUCUUGUAUGUUUCUUCGCAAAAUCCUUGUUUGAAUGUUAUCUUUACUUGCAAUCUUUUCUUUCUCUUUCGUUGGAUUGUAACUUCUUUUGCACUGUAUACUCUGUCAGACAAGUGUUUAAUAUUAUUUAUAUAAUAAUACUCCUUAUGUUCGACGUGUUUUUCAAACGGUCGAGAGCCCAUUCCCCUACCAAACGAUAUAUCUAACAUAUUAUAAAAAUAAACGCGAUCAAUAGAAAAGAGAGACGCCGAUUGGUGAAAUAUUUCCAUUGAGAACGAAGAUGCAUUUCUCUAUCGUAUGUACACGAUACGAUAUGCUACUUAAAUAAUUAAUUUUAUCUUCCUCACGUGUCGUUGCCAACAUACUAUAUUAUAGAACAAAUUACAUCUGUACGGAGUGUCAUAUCUCACACGCGUAAAUUAAGCCGAUCAUUGUGUAGAAUGUAUCGAUAUGUAUGUUUCUCCUUGCCUCUAUCUGAGAUGCUUAUCAAUUUUUAAUAUCGCUUUUAUUAUUGCCAAGUCCAAUUUGACGGUAAAUGCUUCCCUUCCUACGGAAAACAAUAUUGUAUAAAAAAUUCUCUUUUGC